AUGAAGAUAAAUCAGAUUGCGCAGUGCGUCCUGUUCGCUCUGGUUGCCCAUUUGGUGAAGCGAGUCAAGUCCAACAUUGUAGUCAACUGCUUCGGUAUAGAGCACUGCAAAAUAUGUCACAUAGCCUUACGAAAUUGCUUCUUAUCAGGGACUAACAACUUGGCCAAGUGUGUCGAAUGCGAGGAGAAGUACUACAAAAUUCCGCCUUGCAUUCACCAUACAGAAAAUUUUCUGCAGACCUCCAGGGAGAAGGGAACCUUCGUGGAGAUGAAGGACCAUGACUACCUAACGGAGGACAAAGUGGAUGAUCUUAUUUCUGAGGUGGUAAAGUUAUCACUCGAGAGGCAGAGAAAUGCAGUGCCUGGAACAGAAGACACGAAUGAAGACUUCCACAAGAAAAUCAUGCAGCUCUGUUUGUACUCUAAUUUUAACGACAACUAUGAAAAUGCAAAGAAGCACACCCAGGCAAGUGCCGAAGAGGUGGAAAAAUCCAUCCACAGAAUUGUUAGUAUGUACAUACAUGAGAGUAAUAACAUGGAACAUAUUACUAACUCACUGAAGAACCCAGCCUUGUGUUUGAAAGAUCCAGGAGAGUGGACAAAGGAUAGGGCGGGGUACAAGGACAACGAUGUUCCUUCGGUGGGCAUCAUACCCGAGAGAAAGCUCUUCAAGCCGUACCAGGUGAAGUCGCUGAUGAGCUCCCUUUACAGUUACAAAUCGAACUGCAACCGGCAAUUCUGCGACAGGUUCUCGGACCCCAACGAGUGUGAGAAUAGCAUCCGGGUCCUCAACCAGGGCACAUGCGGAAACUGCUGGGCCUUCGCCUCCUCGCAAGUGUUCUCCGCCUACCGGUGCAGGAAUGGCCUGGGAUUCGCAGAGCCCUCCGUCAAGUACGUGACGCUCUGCAAAAACAGGCACUCGGAUGACUACCAAGAAAAUGCCUUCCACCACUACAAUGAUAACAUUUGUAAGGAAGGGGGACAUCUCUCAUACUACUUAGAAACCUUAGAAAAGACGAGGAUGCUACCUACCUCCUACGAUGUCCCAUACAACGAGCCAUUAAAAGGAGCAGAAUGUCCACAGUCCAGUGUGGACUGGGCAAACAUGUGGGAUCAGGUGAACCCACUAACCAAAAUUAUGAAUGGGUACAUCUAUCGUGGGUAUUUCAAAAUUUCCUUUCAUGACUAUUCUAGGAGUGGAAAGAUGGAAGAGCUUAUUAGCUUAAUUAAGGACUACAUAAUAGAGCAGGGAGCCUUGUUUGUCUCCAUGGAGGUGAACGAAAAGUUAAGUUUCGAUCAUGAUGGAGUGGAGGUGAUGAUGAAUUGCGAAUACAAUCAAUCCCCUGAUCAUGCCUUGGCCUUAAUAGGGUAUGGUGAUUAUUUGAAGCCUUCUGGAGAAAAAAGUUCAUACUGGUUAAUUAGAAACAGUUGGGGUUCUCACUGGGGUGACAAAGGAAAUUUUAAAGUCGACAUGUAUGGUCCUGCCAAUUGUAACGGUGCUGUGUUAUGCAAUGCCUUCCCUUUAAUGCUCCGGAUGAAUGGGGAGAAAAUUACGAAACCGCUUCCUGACGAUUUAGCCUCUACGGAUAACAGAACCAGGUAUAACCACUCCGACUUCACUAGGGACAGAAACAGGAGAUCAUCCAGGACAUACAAAUCGGAUAAAGAACGAGACCAACCCAAUGGUUGGGCAGAUAACAAUCCGUUUGAUAACCCUAAAAAUAAUGAGAUCGAUGAUGGCGAUAAGAGGGAUUGGCCACCUUUUAAUCCAUUCGAGAGGGACUACGUCGACCCAUACAAGGAUAAUGACAACGACGCGGAACGCAGCGACUCGGAACGCGGAGACUCGGAACGCGGCGACGCGGGCAUGAAUGACAACCGCGGAAACAUGAUCCGCCGCAAGGUUUUCAAGACCACUCUCCUCCUAAAAAUUGGGGAUACACACUUCAGGCGGGACAUCUACAUGAGAAGAAAAGACGAGUACAAGGAGAGGAACUCCUGCCUGCGGACGUACUCCCUGAAUUCUCUAGCGGACGUCUCCUGUAGGAACAACUGCCAUAAGUAUAUUGACCUGUGCAGCCAUUAUACGUCCGUUGGGAGGUGCCUUAUGCGCUAUGCUGAGAACUAUAAAUGCGUUUACUGUGGCAUGGAAUAA